CGCGUGCACGCGUGCCAUUACCCCUUGUAUGAGUGCCCGCCCUGUGCGCGUGCUCGUGACUAAUUCAUUGUAUGUGGUAGGAGACGAGGCUGGAGCACAACUGCUGGGAAACGACGGACAGAAACGUAACCUUACAAACAUGGCAGCGAUUCGUAAGAAGCUGGUGAUCGUAGGUGAUGGAGCAUGCGGUAAAACCUGUUUGCUAAUCGUCUUCAGUAAAGACCAGUUCCCUGAAGUGUAUGUCCCCACCGUGUUUGAGAACUAUGUAGCAGACAUUGAAGUGGACAGCAAACAGGUGGAGCUAGCUCUUUGGGAUACUGCAGGGCAAGAGGACUAUGACCGGCUCCGCCCACUUUCCUACCCAGACACUGAUGUCAUUCUCAUGUGCUUCUCUAUUGACAGUCCAGACAGUUUAGAAAACAUUCCAGAAAAAUGGACACCUGAGGUCAAACACUUCUGCCCAAAUGUACCUAUCAUCCUCGUGGGCAACAAAAAGGAUUUACGAAAUGAUGAGCACACACGUAGAGAGCUGGCUAAGAUGAAACAGGAGCCAGUCAAAGCUGAGGAAGGGCGGGACAUGGCUAAUCGAAUCGGAGCUUUUGGCUACAUGGAAUGCUCUGCGAAGACAAAGGAUGGUGUGCGGGAGGUGUUUGAGAUGGCCACCAGGGCAGCACUGCAGGCACGCAGGGGCAAAAAGAACAACAAAUGCCUUCUUCUCUGAACAUGCAGCACUGGACUGAAACCCCAAGUAGGGGUGCAAAAUGUGUGUAGAGGCACAAACUCAUUCCUCAAACUCGCCAAACAUUUUGGAAGAAAGUGUAACUGCUCUUUUUUUAUUUUUUGUUUAGUUAUGGAAGUGUUUUAUCAGUAUUUAAGAAAUUGCAAAAGACUUGGACUUUUGCCUCUUUUGUUUGUUUUUGAUGUUUUACCUGAGCUUUGUGAUUGAUUAUUAAAGCCGCACCCUUCUGCCAAAUGCUGUUAUGUGACCCAAAUGCCUGCCAAUCAAGUGCUUACCACAAUGCUGGGAAAAAAAGAAAAGAUUUUUUUUUUUUUUUUUUUUUUUUUAAUUCUCCCAUGUAACAGGUGGUUCAUUGUAUGUUUGGGGUUUUUUUUGUUGUUUAUUUUUUAUAUAUAUUUUUUUUAAGAUUAGGAAUUUAAACACCACCAACUUUCUUUAGACGCAAAAAAGAUGGGGUGGGGCUUAGAUAUGUAUACAUGUACAUAUGUAACGUGUGUGUGGAUGCACACUUUCAUGACUGGAAGUCCAUUUGUAAACUAGACUUGGUAAUCUUAUGUAAUAAAAGACUUUCUAUAAGGAA